AUGUCUGAGCUGGACUUGAAAUCGCUCGUUGCGAAGCUUAGUGGGAUCUUUGAGACUAUAUAUUCGCUUAAAAACUCAGCUGGCGAAUUAAUUUACCCUGGGUUCCAGAAACUUCCUCCAAGAACAGGAACAGAUUACUACAAGUUCAUCACAAAGCCAAUAUCUCUCUAUACCAUUGGAAGAACUGUCAAACGCCUCCAGUACAAAACGGCACAAGAAUUUGUUAAUGACUUGGCCCAAAUCACAUGGAACGCUCGCUUCUACAAUGAUCCUGAAGCACAGAUCUAUAAAGACGCCUUGGCGUUAGAUGCUUUCGUCAAAGACACAGUCAUUCCGAAACUAGCUUCUGAUACAAAAAUUGUUGAUCAUGACUCUGUGCACUAUCCAGAUUUGGGAGCGCUAGACGAAUACACUAUAGAGCGCACUGAUGAUAAGGAGGCUCUAGGUAUUGUGGAUAAACCAGUUCAGCCCGACGUGAAAGAAGAAGAGGAAGAGGAAGAAGAGGAAGAGGAAGAACCAUAUCAAGAGCUGGAGGCACCCGUGAGGCGUAGAGGUCGUCCACCAAUCAUCGAUAAGCCUUAUGAGGCAAGAAUUAAGUCGAUCAUGACUUUCUUGAAGAGAGUCACCACUCCUGAAGAUAUCGCAUACAACUUGUCGGACCUUUUCGAACACCUUCCACCAAAGACCAAUUACGAGUACUACGAUGCAAUUGAUCACCCCAUCAGUUUAAAUGAGAUCGGAAACAAAGCUCGCACCAGAAAGUACGCCGAUGUGCAAGAGUUUUUGGGAGAUCUCCAAUUAAUGAUUGCAAAUGCUAGGCAUUACAAUGCUUCUGAUCCUCAAUUUCUUCAUGACGUCAACCAGUUCGACACACAAGUCCAAAUCAUACUCAACAGAGAAUUGCAGCGCCCUGACUCUGACUUCGUUGUGAUGCCUCAUACAAGAGUUGUUGAAGCACCAAAAAUUCCUAUAGAUCUGGUUCUCGUCAAGGAUCAUACCUAUAAGGUUGGAGAUUGGGUUUUGAUUCGUAACCCGAAUGACUCUCUCAAACCUAUUGUGGCACAAAUUUUCAAGUUAUGGUCCUCUGAUGGAGCUCAAUAUGCAAAAACUUGCGAGUACUAUCGCCCGGAGCAGACAUGUCACCGUGCAGACAGAUUGUUUUACAAGAAUGAAGUGUUCAAGACGGGACGCAGUACAGUACACAGAGUGGAAGAGAUUUUGGCUCCAUGCUACGUCAUUUUCUUGAAUCACUAUCAAAAAGGAGAUAUACCUCCAAGUCUACUUCCUAGAAAUGCUGAGUGGUUUAUUUGCGAGUACAGAUACAAUACGGAGACCUACGACUUCAGCAAAAUCAAAACAUGGAGAGCUUGCAUGCCGGAGGAAGUAAGAUAUGUGGACUAUCCAAUCCUCCCUCUCAGUGAGCCUAGAAAAUUGAUAAAACUUGACUCACCUAUCAAGCACUUGUUAACUUCCGACGCUUUAGACGAAACAAGAAUCGCCCCUACGGAAGGCAUCAACGAUAAGGCACCUCCAGUUUUAGGCGCAGUUUAUCUGAGUCCUCCAUUUUACAACGAUGAGUUUGGGCAAUGCUCAACGUCUCCAAAUGUCUACCCGGCCCCAGAGUUUAACGAUAAGGAAACCGGUCGCAAAGCGUUUAUCUUUACUCCAUUGUCUCAAAUCAAAACCGCUGCAAGUCUAGGAGGUAACACUUCAGGAACCAGUCGCAGUGUAUCCAAUAAUUUUGGACACACCGCUGGCGAAGAAGGCUUUGACUCGUACAAAAGCUACAAUCAAUAUGGCUCCGGCUCAGGUUCCGGAAAUUUCUCUGCUAUCAAGCAAUAUAAGGCGGAAAUGUCUCCGGCAUUCCGUGAUGCAACCCCUUCAGGUGCCAGUAAUGUAACGACCAUCACUUCGCCAUACUCAUCAGUCUUUUCAGGAGGUGUUGUCUCCUAUGUCUCUGGUAUGUCCGAGGAAGCUAAUCCAGAGAGUAUAGAUAAAAUCAGUGAGCUGAUCAUUUCAAAUGCUAGAUCAACGGUUUGGUUCCGUGCCCCUCCCAUCAAUGUCGGAGAAAAGGUGGCUACCCCGAUUUCACACAGCGCCAAGUACUUGGCCUGGAAGUUGAAGAAAGCCCAACUGACCAAUUAA